CUGAGUCCGGCUGGGCGCGAGCAAGGUACGGCGGCUGGACCGGCUGGGUGGCCCGGGGCCGCGCAGCCCGACGGCGGGGGCAGGCGCGCGGCGCGGGGCCGGAGAGGGCUCCAGACCCUUCGGCGCGGCGGAGGCGGGCAGGCGAUCGGGACUGCCCGGCGACCUGCGUCCGAGCGCCGUGCCCUGCGCCUUGCCAGGGACAGUCCGAAGUCCGCGCUAUGGAAGAGGAGAAAUACUUGCCUGAGCUGAUGGCAGAGAAAGAUAGCCUGGAUCCAUCUUUUGUGCACGCGUCGCGCCUUUUGGCCGAAGAAAUUGAAAAAUUUCAAGGUUCCGAUGGAAAAAAGGAAGAUGAAGAAAAGAAAUACCUUGAUGUCAUCAGCAACAAAAACAUAAAGCUCUCAGAAAGGGUUUUGAUUCCUGUCAAACAGUAUCCAAAGUUCAAUUUUGUGGGGAAAUUGCUUGGACCGAGAGGAAACUCCUUGAAGAGGCUACAGGAAGAAACAGGUGCUAAAAUGUCUAUCCUGGGCAAAGGAUCAAUGAGAGAUAAAGCAAAGGAAGAAGAACUAAGGAAGAGUGGAGAAGCCAAAUAUGCCCACUUGAGCGAUGAACUUCAUGUAUUAAUUGAAGUUUUCGCUCCACCUGGGGAAGCUUAUUCACGUAUGAGUCAUGCACUGGAAGAGAUUAAAAAAUUCCUGGUUCCUGACUACAAUGAUGAAAUUCGUCAGGAACAACUACGUGAACUGUCUUACUUAAACGGCUCAGAGGACUCUGGGCGUGGCAGAGGUAUUAGAGGCAGAGGGAUCAGGAUUGCUCCCACAGCUCCUUCAAGGGGCCGUGGGGGUGCCAUUCCUCCUCCCCCACCGCCUGGACGAGGUGUGCUCACCCCUCGAGGGACCACUGUGACCCGUGGCGCCCUUCCUGUGCCCCCUGUAGCAAGAGGCGUCCCUGCCCCGCGAGCCCGGGGGUCACCAACAGUGCCCGGAUACAGGGCACCCCCUCCGCCAGCCCAUGAGGGGUAUGAAGAGUAUGGUUAUGAUGAUGGCUACGGGGGUGAAUACGAUGACCAGACCUAUGAGACUUAUGAUAACAGCUAUGCCACCCAAGCGCAAAGUGUGCCUGAAUACUAUGACUACGGUCAUGGAGUAAGUGAGGAUGCCUAUGACAGCUAUGCACCAGAAGAAUGGGCCACGACCCGCUCCAGCCUGAAGGCACCACUGCCAAGGUCAGCCCGAGGGGGAUACAGGGAGCAUCCCUAUGGUAGAUACUGAGGGUCCCCCUCACCUGUGACUCAAGUCAAAGGCAGUUCACAGCCUGUGGUCUCCACAUAAACAGCAACAUGACAAGUAAUAGUCCUUUUUUGUUGUUGUUCCUAUUCUAGGGAUAACUGCUCACAACUGCUCCCACAUAUUACUUGUAUUUCCCUUAUACUGUUGGUGUGACAUUGACACUAGUAUUAUUUUACAAAACGGACUAAAAAAGACAUCGGCAAGCAUUGUCUAUAAAUCAUUUAGUAGGGUGAUAUUCCCUUGGUUGUUUUCAUUGUUGUGUGUAAUAUCUUUAUUUUUUUCUCUUUUUAUUUAUUUUUUUUUUAAAGAAAGAGCAUGAAUCUGUUAUCAGAUUUUUGAGUCUCAAUCAACUAGCAAAAACAUUGUUUAGGGUUGCUAAAAGACUGUAACAUGAUAUUUGAAUUAGCUAUAAUAAAGUUGUAGAUAAGAUGUUUUAACCUGUCUUUUAAUAUCUGUUAGUUAGAUGAAGAUGUUCGAUAUUAAGUUUGUAAAUUUAAUUUUAAAUGCUGUUUUAAUGGGGUUGAAAACAAGCAGCUACUGUAUGUAUGUAGCUAACUGAAUUUGUUCAGUGUUUUAACCUGUAUUUGUUAAAAAAGAAAAACACACACACUUAAAGUUCCAUGUGUAAGCUUCUCUAAAUAGGAAACCACAAUUUGUCAGAUAUGUUUGCCAUAAUUUGUCAAUAAAGCUGAAAACUUUUGUAAAUACCAAAUUUGGAAUUACUUGUUUUCUAGCUUUAAAUGCCUGCUUUAUUUCUUCUUCAAGAGAUGCCUAAAAUGUUUUCUAUUUAAAACUUACAAAAAUGAACCCAAGCCUGUUUUAAGAUAUUUGUGUAAUACUUUAAAAGUGUAUUAAUAACUUAUGGUUGUUAAAUAAUUUAAAAGUUAACAAACUAAACUGUUACAUGAAUCAUGGUUAGUAAACACUAAUGUAUAACAUGUUAAUGGGAAAAAAUGGAUUUAGAAUAAUAAAUGGAUUUUAAACUAUCCUCUAAGCUUUAUCUUGCUAAACACAAAUUCUGGUUGACUUGUUUGCAUUAGCAUGUCUCUCGUGAGAAAGAGUAAUGGAGUAUAAAGAGGUAAGAUUACCACUUACCACUGUCUAAAUGCCUAGUUCUUCAACCUUUGAGUUUCCCGCACAUUAAAUAUCCCAUCCAACAUGUAAGCAUUGCGUAGAUUCACUUUAUUGUUUUCACUCAAAGGAGUGUGUGGGCUUCAUUUGCGUAGUUUAUACCAAUUUGUUUUGACAAACAAACCAUCAGUGUCACUGGCCAAUUGUUACUAUUCAACCUCAAAAACUUUAUUUGUAAUUUUCAGUGCUAAAUAUCACCGCCCUUGAAGGCAGUUUAGAGGGCUGAUAUUUCUUUUGAGACUAUCAGACUUGAUGGCUGAUGAUUAUUAAGGAAAUAUGUCGCAGGACUCAAAGGAUGACUAAACGUUAAACAGGUAACAUAACAGUAACUCUGUAAUUUUGCCUAUGCAACAGUAAUGUUAAAUAUUCUCAGUUAUUAAGUUCCUGAUAGUUAAAAAAGUAAACCUACAAAAACAUAACAAAUAGGUCUACAGGUUAUUAAAACAAAUAAUUAACAUUAACUAGAGGCACCAAAAUUAUUUUAUAGGAUAUAACCCUCAAGGUAAUAAACAGAACUAAAAUUAACAAUAAUAGUACUGCAGCUCUUGCUAACAUCAAACGUCAGCUAAAUUUUGAUGGGAAAAAAAAAAGAAAGCAAAAAUGAUGGUAGGGAUGACGCCAAAACUGUUCAUUUUUAAAUACAGUUUCUUUGUUGAUGGUGGCUUUUGUCGAUGUGAUUGGUUUACUUUUUUGCUGCUAACCAGCUAAGGCAUAUUGCUGUUCAGUAUUUGCAGCUGGAGUUGCAUGCUAAUAGUUUUAUGAAGUGUGUGUCUGUCAUCAAUUAAAAUUGUAAAUGUUUGCUUUUCACAAAAUGCUAGUGAGUUAUACUUAA